GCACACUGGGAACUAAAUGAACUGGAGGUCUGACUGCGAGGGGAGGGGGCUCGAGAUGUAAGCAGUGAAGAGAUCUCGGGGUCUUGCACUGCGCCAUUCGGCUGCGGCACGCCUCAGUCCGCCGCAGCUGUAGCUGGGAGAGGCCUUGCCUUCGCCGCUCUCGUCCAGGUCUCCGCUGCUGCUGCCACCCCCGUUGCGAUCUCCUCGGCCCAGCCGCGCCCCGCCCCGCGCUCCUGCUGCCUUCACCGCUGCCAACACCUCAGCCAGAGCCUCCGCCGCCGACACCCAAGCAUCCGUGAGUCAUUUUCUGCCCAUCUGUGGGCGCGCGGUAGUCACCACCCUAAGAGGUGUGCAGGCUUGCAAAAUGGCAGAAGCGGAUCCUAACAGGGUCUUGGAACCUGCCGCCCAGGGGGUGGAUGAAGAGAUGGUGGCUAGCUCGUCUAGCGAUUCUGGGGAAGAAUCUGACAGCAGCAGCUCUAGCAGCAGCACUAGUUGCAGCAGCAGCAGCAGUAGUAGUGGCAGCAGCAGCAGCAGCAGUAGCUGCAGCCGCUUCUAUAGAAAGAAGAGGGUACCUGGGCCUUCCAGAAGUGCGCGGCGGGCUCCGUCGGGUAGAAGUUUCGUGGAUCAGCUGCCUCGGGCAGUUAGAAAUCGUGUACAGGCGCUCAGAAAUAUUCAAGAUGAAUGUGACAAGGUAGACGCCCUGUUCUUAAAGGCAAUUCACGAUCUCGAACGAAAAUAUGCCGAACUCAAUAGGCCUCUGUAUGAUCGGCGAUUUCGAAUCAUCAAUGCAGAAUAUGAGCCUACGGAAGAAGAAUGUGAAUGGAAUUCGGAGGAUGAGGUGUUCAGCAGUGAUGAGGAGGUGCAGGAAGAAGGCCCUAGUGAGAUGCCUGCCUUAGAGGGUGAGGAAGAAGAGGAUGACCCGAAAACAAAACCUGAGGUCAAGGCUGAAGAAAAUGCAGCUCCGAAAGAAAAUCCCAAGGCAAAGGCUGAAGAAAAAGAAGAGUCUAAAGAUGCUCUGGAGGCCAAGACUGAAGUAAAAGAGGAUCCGAAAGAAUCCCCCCAGGCAAAGGCAGAAGAUAAAGAGCAGCCUAAAGUAACAGAGGCUAAGGCAAGGGCUCCAGGAAAAGAGGCUCCUAAAAGAGUUCCUGAGGUCAGGCCUAAAGAAAGAGCUCUUAAAAGAGCUCGCAAGGGAAAGCCUAAAAGAGAAGAUCCUAAAGGCAUUCCCGACUAUUGGCUGACUGUCUUAAAGAAUGUUGACAAGCUGGGGCCCAUGAUUCAGAAGUAUGAUGAGCCCAUUCUGAAGUUCCUGUCCGAUGUUAGCCUGAAGUUCUCAAAACCUGGCCGGCCUAUAAGUUACACAUUUGAAUUUUGCUUUCUACCCAAUCCAUACUUCAAAAAUGAGGUGCUGACCAAGACAUAUAUAAUAAAGUCAAAGCCAGAUCACAAUGAUCCCUUCUUCUCUUGGGGCUGGGAAAUCCAAGAUUGCAAAGGCUGUAAGAUAGAUUGGAGAAGAGCAAAGGAUGUUACAGUGACAACCACCCGGAGUCGCACAACUGCUACUGGAGAAGUUGAAACCCAGCCAAGAGUGGUUCCUAAUGCAUCAUUCUUCAAUUUCUUUAGCCCUCCUGAGAUUCCUACAAUUGGAAAGCUUGAACCACGAGAAGAUGCUAUCCUUGAUGAGGACUUUGAAAUUGGUCAAAUUUUACAUGAUAAUGUCAUCCUGAAAUCAAUCUAUUACUAUACAGGAGAAGUCAAUGGUACCUAUGAUGUUGGUAAAGAUUGUAGAAACAGGAAAUAUCGAAAAUAAAAAAAA